UUGAAUUCGCUGAAACAUGGAGGUGUUCUCUGUGAACCUACUGAACUUCAUGCUCCUCUUUGUCAUUACGCCCUACAUUAUGAAUCCUGGGUCUUCCUGCCGAACACAGCUGCCACCUAUGGGACCUCGCCUUCUGCAAGCAAAAGCUUUCUUUGGCAAAGCAGUGCGGGAAUGUAAGAACGAAAUGCUUGCUUAUGCAAAAACAAUCCCGCCGCAUAAGCUACGUCAGGUUGUACAGGUUGCAUGCUCCAUAUAUCACUCCUGCAUGUCAUCGGUUAAAGAGCAACACAUAGAUCCGGCUGUUGAAUGCAAUGUCUCCAAGACUUUGAAUGAGAGUUCUCUGUAUUAUACGAAGGUCAAGUUGCCCAUAGAAUUUGGAUACGCUUCAAGAGAUUUUGUGCGGUGCCUUGGAAAUGUAACAAAGAAUUCUGGUCUUACAAUAACGGCUAUUGACGACGCCGUGACGUUUGCAAUGAAAGCAAUGUUGUCAUUUGGAUGGAAUUAAAGACUGUUAUCCUGGAAGAAAAUUUCUUCUAGAGGCAGAAUUGCUGCUGAUAUUUUUAUAGUUUCCUAUACUUUUAUGCAUUGGCCGAUUUACUUCUCCUGUAUACACGUGAGAGGCCAUUUAAUGCGUAAUAAACCAAUAAAUGAAACAUGAAUCAUG